GUUGAUUUAUCCAGGCUUCAGAGGGAAUUGUCUCUGGCAGGUCUCACUUGAUUGCAAUGGAACUUCUGGACUGAACAACGCUACUCACCGAUUCUUUAGAUGCCGCCGUCUUUUUCGGUGAAGCCUUUCUGAAGCUGCGACGAGGACACAACGUGCCAAGAGGUGAGGACCGGCCACUGCUUCCCAACAUGUCCAAGACCAAGAGCUCCGAGACAGUCAAGGUGGUGGUCCGCUGUCGCCCCAUGAAUGACAAAGAGAAGGCCUCUAAGUUUGAACUAAUGGUUUCCGUUGAUGUCAAACUGGGUCAGAUUAUGGUCAGGAACCCGCGGGAAGCCAGCGAACACCCUAAAGUCUUUACUUUUGAUUCAGUUUAUGACAGUAACUCGAAACAAAUAGAUCUGUAUGACGAAACCUUCCGGCCACUGGUCGAUUCUGUUCUCCUUGGCUUCAAUGGGACCAUUUUUGCUUACGGCCAAACGGGGACGGGAAAGACGUACACAAUGGAGGGAGUGAGAAAUGAUCCAGAGAGGAGAGGGGUGAUCCCCAACUCCUUUGAGCACAUCUUCACGCACAUUUCACGCUCCCAGAACCAGCAGUACCUUGUGAGAGCGUCAUAUCUGGAAAUUUACCAAGAGGAGAUCCGGGACCUGCUCUCCAAAGACCAAUCCCACCGCCUGGAGCUCCGGGAGCGGCCCGACACGGGCGUGUACGUGAAGGACCUUUCGUCGUUUGUCACCAAGAGCGCGCGGGAGAUCGAACACGUGAUGAAUGUGGGCAACCAGAACCGUUCGGUUGGUGCCACGAACAUGAACGAGCACAGCUCGCGCUCUCAUGCGAUCUUUGUCAUCACGGUGGAGUGCAGCGAGUUGGGCUUGGAUGGAGAGAACCACAUCAGAGUGGGCAAGCUGAAUCUGGUGGAUUUGGCUGGAAGCGAAAGGCAGACAAAGACCGGUGCUCAAGGCGAGAGACUGAAAGAAGCCACCAAGAUUAACUUGUCGCUUUCCGCCCUGGGAAACGUCAUAUCGGCUCUGGUGGACGGCAGGAGCAGCCACAUCCCCUACCGUGAUUCCAAACUCACCCGCCUGCUGCAGGACUCCCUGGGGGGAAACGCCCGCACUGUGAUGGUCGCCAACAUCGGCCCGGCGUCCUACAACGUUGAAGAGACCCUGACCACGCUGCGCUACGCCAACCGGGCCAAGAACAUCAAGAAUAAGCCGCACAUCAACGAGGACCCAAAAGACGCCCUGCUCAGGGAGUUCCAGGAGGAGAUUGCCCGGCUGAAGGAGCAGCUAGAGAAGCGCGUGGGGAAGAAGAAAAAAAGGAGGCAGAGGAGGAGGGGAGGGGAAGGAAGCGACGGAGAAGACCUGGAGGACGGAGAGACGGAGGACGACGAAGAAGAAGGAAGCGGUGACUACUGGAGAGAGCAGCAGGAAAAGCUGGAGCGGGAGAAGAAGGCCGUCCUGGAGGACCACAGUCUGGUGGCCGAGGAGAAGGAUCGGCUGCUCAGGGAAAAGGAGAGGAAAAUGGAAGACUUGAAGAAAGAAAGAGAAGUCGGUGAAAUGCUUGCAGCAAAAGUUAAGGCGAUGGAGAGCAAGCUUCUUGUAGGCGGGAAAAAUAUUGUUGAUCACACCAAUGAGCAGCAGAGGAUGCUGGAGCUGAGGAGACAGGAGAUUGCUGAACAGAAACGGAGAGAGAGAGAGAUGCAGCAGCAGAUGGAGAGUCGUGAUGAAGAGACUCUGGAGCUGAAGGAGACCUACAGCUCCCUGCAGCAGGAAGUCGACAUCAAGACCAAGAAGCUGAAAAAGCUGUUUUCCAAGCUGCAGGCGGUGAAGGCAGAAAUUCAGGACAUCCAGGAGGAGCACAUCAAGGAGCGGCAGGAACACGAACAGACCCAGAACGAGCUCACCAGAGAACUCAAACUCAAACAUCUGAUUAUUGAAAACUUCAUUCCUUUGGAGGAGAAGAACAAAAUCCUCAACAGGGCUUUCUUCGACGAUGAGGAAGAGUGCUGGAAGAUGAAGGCCAUCACUCGCAUUGAGGACGACCAUCAGAUGAUGUCCCGGCCCCCAUCUGCUGUGGGCUACAGGAGGCCCCUCAGUCACCAUGCCCACAUCGCCAUGAGGAUGAAGCCUGACAUGAGAUACAAAGCUGAAAACAUCCUGUUGCUGGACAUGGACCUGCCUUCUCGAACCACUAAGGAGUACCAGGAGCCAGUCAUCGCUCCAAAGGUGGCAGCAGCCCUGGAGGACGCUCUAAGAGACGAGGAUGAGAUCCAAGUAGACGCUUCAGGCUUCCACAGCAGCUCGGGACCAACACCGCCUGCCAGUGCCAGCAGCAGCCUUAGGAAACCAAAGUCUGGUCGACCCAGAACAAGCAAGAAGUCGAGCACGCCGACCUCUCCGUUCAGCCCUUGCAGUCCAGCAUCCCCUCUCUAUCCACAAUCCCGUGGCCUGGUGCCCAAGUGACGCCUUCUUCCRUUGCCGUCACCAACCUCUUUGUGCACCUCCCCACUUUAAGACUCUUAGAGGAUUGGGUUUGUUUGGUCAGGAGCCAAAGGAACCUUUAAGACCACCGCUGCUCUAGUUUCAGCUGUCACCACAUCACUGCUAACAGCUGCCAUGCAUGAACCCCCAAAUCAUACUCCACUGAGACUGCCUCUGCCACAUCUGACUCUUUGUCUUAAACAUCACUAAGUUCUUAAUAUGAAGAUUGCCUGCAGGGUUUAGUCCGUGUCUGCCUAUUUCUCUCUUUACAUUAACUCGUCACAUCGUGGUAAACUUCAUGCGUGUGAUUUUUAUUUAUUUGAUUGUAUCUGACGGUGAGAGAGUAGAAGACACGACCGUUGCUGUAAUCAAUAAAUGCUGUCCUUCCUGCGGCCCGGCAGAAGGAGGCAGGAAAGGAUAGAAGCAUCCCAGCAGGUGGGUAACCCACCACUAAAGACACAUCAGGGUUCCAAGGUGCCUUAAACCUGCAAUCCUCAACGUCCUCAUUUAAAUCCUGCAGGCAUGUCGUCUCCUUCAUUUAUUCACUCAUUUACUACAUCAUGGGGAUGGGCAGUGGGGAGGGGAAGCACUGCUUGGAUGGAGGUGUUUAGAAUCCAGCCUUCUCUUGGGUUGCUUGGUAGACGAAGAGCAACACAGUCAUGGUUAAUAAAAAUUCACCCUUUUUCAAAUGGAAAGUCCUGUGUAACAGAACAUGCUUAGGAAAUUAAUUCCUAAAAGCUCUUAAAAUGAAGUAGAACCAAUAGGUCUCAAAAGAUUCUACCUUCAGGUAAAUCACAUUAAGGUCUGGACUUUGUUGCUCAUGACCGACUUUGGGCACUGCCCUAGGUAGACUGGCAUGUAUGAAGGGAAAGGAACAAAGUAAACUAGGAAGGGGUUUGCGUCUGAACUCAUGCAAAACCUUUUUUUUGUUUUGUUUUUUUCAUUAUUGCUCCAGUUUUUGGGGGUCAUUGUCCUGUUGGUGUACUGAGGAGUUCAUGGUGUUCUGAUCAGCCUCCUCUACCAUGUUUGACGAUUGGUACAACCUUUCUCCCCCCUCAUCUAUGAGAGACAGGUUCACAUUUUCAGAGCUUCCAUAUACAAACAGCUUGAAAAGGGGGUGAACUUUAACCUUUCCAUGACCAUGUAUUCACUCUGUGAGUUCUUUAUGCCUCAUCUGUCUGUCUUUUGAAUGAGAUCCCAGCAGCUUCCCUCCCCCUGCCACCACAGCCGGACUAAAUGUAGACUUGCCACAGAAAUCGGUCGAAACACUUGAACUUGCAGGAUGCUCGAUCUCUCUGCUACUUUGUUACUGUGAUGCGUGCGCCGUUUACUUGCUGCUACUGUGGAAGGGUCUCCAGCCCACUGUGAUGUUUAAACAAGCCUGGGUCAACUUGCAAACUGCAUCCCUUCACACCGAUGUUUUCCUCCCGAUGGUUUCUCCCAGUAGCUGGAACCGUUCUUGCUGUUUGACCCAGGCCUGCCAUUCAUUUAGAUAUUUAACAUUAUAGACUUGUUGCUAGGCAAUCUUUAGUCACUUUUGAACAUGUAAAGAAGAAAAAAAAA